AUGAGGCGCGCGCUGAGCCUCCGUCUCGCCUGCCAGGCCGCCGUCAUGAAGGUCUCGGCCAACAUCAUAGUCCAGCUGCUGGUCCUGUGGCGCAAGGGGCCCGACCACUUCACCUUCGACUACCAGCAGGUCCUCGAGUUCGCGGCCUACGGAUCCUUUAACUCCCAGCUCAGCAACAUCAUCCAGUUCAUGCUGGAGGAUUGGUUCCCCGCCACGAGGCCCGCGGCGGACAGCCAGAUCCAUCUCCAGACCCUGCCGAGCGUGGAGGACAGGCAGCAGCUGGAGGUGAAGAAGGACGACGACUCGGGCGGCGGCGCAGCCGCCUCGGUGGAACCCGGGCUGCAGGGGAAGUUGAGGUCGUGGUUCAGGAUCAGCCCGGAUGUGAUUUGGUCCAAUCUGUUGGCCAAGCUCAUUCUCGACCAAACUAUCGGGUUGGCCAUCAGCGGCGUCAUCUUCCUCUUCAUUACCAACUACCUGCGUGUUCCCAACCUGCCUGCCGUCAUCGCCGUCAUUCGCGAGAGGAUCUUCACGCUUGUCAAGGCCGGGUGGCAUAUCUGGCCAGUGGUCGCCCUCGCCAACUUCCUCUGGGUGCCCGUGCGGUCUAGGGUGCUUGUUGCCGUGUUUGUGGGCUUCGGCUGGAGCAUCUUCCUCAGCGUAUUCGCCAUGAAGAAAUGA